GCCGGGUGAGCCCCAAAAUUCGUCAGUUUCGUGACCUCGGCUCGGCAUCUACUUUCUUAAUAGUGGAUAUUAUUAAAGAAUAUAUUUUGAUAUUAUAGUCACAACUCGUCAAUCGAAAAAAAUGCAAAUAAGCUCAAAAAAUGGAAAAAAGUUGCCUAAAAUCUUUUUUUUUUUUCACGGAGGUUGUCCAAUCACUGUGCAUGUAUCAAGUAAAGGUUACAGCGCUUCAAGCUUUUUAGCCAAUCACAGGCAGUGUUGUGCACGUACCACUGGCGCGCGCUAUUUCGAGCUUUAGGUGUAGUAAUCUGUCGUCAACAACUGAAUGUUUCAGAGGAAAACACAGGUUUUUGCUGUAUGCAUACAAUUUCGACUCACAGGAAGGUGAUAUCUUUCAGUGGGAAGAGUUACAGAAAAUUCAAGGAGUGUGCAGAUCUUUGGAAGGACGUCAGUUUUGGGUUUGAACUAGAAAACAAAAUUGCUGCGAUUGCGGUCAACUUCGACUUCGACUUCGACUCGUUCGAGCUGCAGACAGAGCAGUACUCGCCCGGCGCCUCGGGCGGCCGCGGAGGAGUGUACCAGGGAGGCCGUGUUCGAACUGCAACAAGUUCAACAAAAAAAGAGGUAUGUCCAACCAGGAUACCAUGCGGGCUGCUACAGGCACUUCUGCAACAUUACAACAAACAAGUGAGCACAGAUGAGAUCAAGGCAAAGAAGGAACAAUAUUUAAAUCAUUGUAUGUCACAUUACUUGUAAAUGUAAAGUUUUUUUUAGGAAAUUCAAUGUAAAGACCUUUCUUGUGAUGCUCUUUUUUGCCAAUUUCCGCCAGAUUCGAUAAAGCAGAUAACUUGUAUCAAAUGGUAUUUGGACAAAUGUAUGAAAUUACCUGCUGAAAAUUUUAAAGAACAUGAUUUAGAUAUAUUAGACUGAAGAAGAAUAGCAGAGGCUGGGACCCUGUCAUCCAUGAAUUUUUAAAUUUUAUUUACAAUGUAUAUUUUAUGUGUGUUUUUGCUAAUACAGACGGGUACAU